CUUUUCACGCCUUUCGGUUUUUGUCGGUUUCUGCAAAUGACUUCUUGUUUGUCGCCGUCUCUUUGGUGAAAUUAAGAGCAGAUCUGGCAGAAAAAUUCAAUCUUUCUGUUGGGUUUUUUUUUUUUUUUUCCCCCUCUCUCUCUCUUGAAUUCCACCCGAUACCGGUUUCCGUUGAAGCAGGAACCAAAGAAAGCUCAAAUUUUCGAGUUAGUUGGUUUGUGAGAAUCAGCAUUUGUUGCGACUUUUGCUUGGAUCGCUGAAGUAGUUCUUCUGGACAUGGCUACAAGAAAGACAUCAGUUACAGCACAGAAGGAUUCCUGCGGGUUUACAUCUGUUUUGGCUUCUGCCCUUUUCGAAUGGGUAUUGAUAUUCCUGUUGUUCCUUGAAGCUUUCUUCUCAUACCUGGUGACGAGAUUUGCUCGUUUCUGUGAAUUGCAAACCCCAUGCCUGUUAUGCUCAAGGCUUGAUCAUAUCCUCGGCGGUGAAAAACGAGGCUUCUAUUGGGAUCUAAUCUGCCAAUCCCAUAAGUUGGAGAUCUCGUCAUUGGUUUAUUGUUGUAGUCAUGGAAAACUCACUGAUGGUCACGGGAUGUGUGAAGAUUGCUUCUCUUCAUUUCCCACCAAUAAGAUAACGAACUAUGAAAAAGACAGGUUGUCAGUGGCCAAAUUGGGGUCGUUUCUUGAAUACUGUGUUGAUGACAAACACAACAUUCGUCUGAAAUUACCCGCAACAGUUGACGGAGAAGAGUUGGUAAGUAACCUGUCACUCAAGGAUCUAACCUCCAGAUCAUCGGAUCCAAGGCACUGUUCAUGCUGUGAUGAGACGUUGAGUAACAGGGAUGCUCCUAGAUCUUCACAGACCAAAUCAACUGGUGUUGGGACUGCUGAACUUGAUGUUGCAGGAUCAUGUUCGAUGGGGUGUAGUCAUUUACACCAUCGAGAUGGCUUGAAGAAGAGAAGGGAAAAAGCAUAUGUAUCAGCAACGACAUCUUACCUUGGGAACCCUGGAUUCGAUCCAUUGUCACAUGUUGGAUACACCGAGCUCAAGAUUACAUCUGACACUGAGUCAGAAGUAAUGAUCUCGGAUGACGAUGAUGGAAUUUCUCUGGUUCGUGAAGCCAGCACUAUCAAUUUAGAAUUUGUAGCUCAAUGUGUAGAACCAGAGUCUAGCACCAUUCUUCCGGAAACAUUGCCUGAAACUAUAUCUUCCGAUUUGGGUGUAGAGAAGCUGGUCCAUCAAACUCCUAUGUUGGAGCCUUCACUUUCAGUUCCACUUGAGCAAUUUCAUCCGAACUUGUAUCUUAGCGACCGCGCUGUCAAUUUAGAAUUUGUAGCUCAAUGUGUAGAACCAGAGUCUAGCACCAUUCUUCCGGAAACAUUGCCUGAAACUAUAUCUUCCGAUUUGGGUGUAGAGAAGCUGGUCCAUCAAACUCCUAUGUUGGAGCCUUCACUUUCAGUUCCACUUGAGCAAUUUCAUGCAGGCGAGCCUCAUGGCGUUUCAUCUGUAACAUCUGCUGCUGUUGUUGUUGGGCAUGGAUUGGAGGAGCUUAACUGGCAUCAAGCUGAAGAAAGGGGCAACCACCCCACGACAGCAUCUGAACUUGUGGACUUCUCAUCUGCAGUAUCCGAACUGGGCAACCACCCCACUACAGCAUCUGAACUUGUGGACUUCUCAUCUGCAAUAUCUGAAUUCAUCUCUCCUUGUGGAUUUCCCCAGUCAGCCAAUGCCGAGAAAGCUCUGGUUGUAAUAUCUGAAGAGAAAUUAAAUGCUACAGUGAUUGGUGACACGGCACAGGUGUCUGUCAUGGGGAGUGGGGAGGUUGUCAAGUACGAAAGGUCUACUUCAACAAAAUCAGAUUUUAAAAUGGACACGGCAUCAAAUGAGCCUGGUCCAUCAAUACCCAGUUGUAUGGAUUUAAAUGAUGCGUACAAGCUGGCCAUUGGUAACAAAGGAAGCCAUCCACUAUUCAUGGGAAAAGAUUCUCCCAGAGGGCAUGAAGAUUUGAAGCUAUUGCUUUCACAAAUAUCAGCUGCCCGUGGGUUCGAGCUUUCAUGGAAUGAUAUGAUUCCUAGUCCAAGAUUGCUGGGACAUGGCGAAGAUGUAAAGACAUCUGAAGCUUCUAGCUCUAUCGAAACGCAGUCACUUCAAAAAAGGCCUUCAAUGGAGAGAAAUGAAUCUGGGUUUGAUUCCUUGGAUGGUAGCCUUGUCAGUGAAGCUGAAGGAGAGAGUGCAAUUGAUCAGCUGAAACGGCGAAUUGAGUUGGACCGGAAAUCCAUGCGUGCUUUAUAUAAGGAGUUGGAGGAAGAAAGAAGUGCUGCUGCAAUUGCUGCAAAUCAAGCAAUGGCCAUGAUUAACAGGUUGCAGGAGGAGAAAGCGGCGAUGCAGAUGGAGGCGUUGCAGUACCAAAGAAUGAUGGAGGAGCAAGCAGAAUAUGACCAAGAAGCACUGCAGAAAUCAAACGACCUCCUUUCUGAAAAGGAAAAGGAAAUUCAGGAUCUGGAAGCAGAACUUGAAAAUUACAGGAAAGGAUUGCUAGAUGAAUUGAUGGGGGAGAAAAUACGGGGGCCAAGGAACAGUUUGAACGGAGAGGCAGGAGCUGAUUCUCAUAGUUCAUGUUCCGAUGUCAAUUGCCAUGAGAAUAACACCGACCUUCAUUCUAACCCUGGAAAAACCGACAUGGUGCAUGGGCACUACAAUGGGAAUAAGGUGGCCGUUUUGAAGGAUUCUUUCUUCGAUUUUGAAGACGAGAAGUUGUAUAUUUUGAAAUGUUUGAAGAGACUGCAGAAGAAGCUUCAUGCAAUUUCUGAUAAUGGGGUCCAUGUUGAUGUAUCUGGAGUUGAUGGAAGUAGAGAAGGCUUCCCUGAUAAAAAAUGUGAGGAUAUCACGCAACAUGGGUUUAAUGAAGAACAUUUAUUUGUGGGUGAUGCUGUUGAAAAUGGUGGGUUCGAUGACAUGAAAGGUUAUGCAGUGCGAAAUGGCGCGACUUUCGAAUUCACGUUACUCUCGAUGUCAUUGAACGAGUUACGCAGAGAUAGGUCUCCAAUUCCAACUAUGUUCCUUGAAGACGAGAAGUUGUAUAUUUUGAAAUGUUUGAAGAGACUGCAGAAGAAGCUUCAUGCAAUUUCUGAUAAUGGGGUCCAUGUUGAUGUAUCUGGAGUUGAUGGAAGUAGAGAAGGCUUCCCUGAUAAAAAAUGUGAGGAUAUCACGCAACAUGGGUUUAAUGAAGAACAUUUAUUUGUGGGUGAUGCUGUUGAAAAUGGUGGGUGUUGUCGAGAGGAAGGGCUUCAAGGAAAUGAUACAGAAUCGCUUGGUCCGGAUGAGGUGACCCAAGGAAAUAAUCAGAUAGAUCACAAUGGGCUGCAGUCCAACAUGUCCUAUGCUAAGACUGAUUUGGUUGCUAUAGUAAAUGAAGUUUCACAUUUGAAUGAGAGGUUGAGGAUCCUUGAAGCAGAUCGGAAUUUUCUUGUGCAUAGUAUCAAUUCACUUCGUAAUGGAAAUGAAGGAGUACAAUUCAUUCAAGAGAUAGCUGGUUACCUACAGGAACUAAGGAGGAUAGGGAUGAUGAGUAGAGAGCAAGCUGUUGCUUGACAAUUCCCACUGUGUCAUCUUGAAGGCAACAGUCACCAAAAUGGAAAUAAAUCAACAUUCCUGAUGAUGAACCGUCAAGUCAAUUAUCGUGAUGUGGGGGAAGCCAGAAUCAUCCCGUCCCGUCUCGUCCCAAGAAAUCACAAGCAAAUUUCAAGGUCUGUCGGAGAGGAUCUGUACAUUGUCAUCAGCUUAUUGGGGUUUGUUUUUUUCGGUUUGGCAUCGUUUGGCAUUCUGCAUUUGCUUUUGCUUCUAAAUAUUGCUUGCAGAGUUUUGGGUGAAGGUUGGUUUUUUAUGAUUGUUUUGAGCCAUGAGUGAGAAAUUGUGAGAGGGGUGGUUUUUGUAUGUAACCAUAGCAUCUAUUUAUUAUUGUAAGCAUUGGCUUUAAGCAAGCCCAUCUGAUGUUUCCUUUGUAAAUUUGCAUUAAAUAGACUUGAUAAUAGUGAUUAAAUAGACUUGAACUGAUUGGAAACUAA